AUGGAAAAGGAUAGUAAGAAGCCUGUGAUAUUCACUGUUAUUGGAAUAUUCGUAUUUUCUGUAUUAUUGAGACUAGUUACUGGUCCAAAUGCAGUUUUGCCAUCUCCAUGGAACUAUAUUUCGCAAUAUGUUGGCUGGCUCUAUUUUUGUGCCUGGAGUAUUUCGUUUUACCCGCAGAUCUUCCUCAACUAUACUAGGAAAUCAGUGGUUGGCUUAUCAUUCGAUUUUUUGGCAUAUAACCUGGUUGCUUUUUCUUGCUACACUGUGUACAACUUCUCUCUGCUCUAUGUUCCGGAGAUCCGACAAGAGUACCAGGAGAUGUACCAUCAGCAUGUUCCUGUGGUUGUAAACGACUUAUUCUUCUCUGCUCAUGCCAUGCUCGUUACGUCCUUUACGAUUUUCCAGUGUUUUAUUUACGAGCGGAAAGAGCAGCGAGUGAGCAAAGUGGCCAUUUCUAUUCUUUGUUCCAUUUUCCUUCUUAUUCUGCUCUGUAUCCUUGGGACAGCCUUCCACGUGGUUUCUUGGCUGACUCCGCUGAUCAUUCUGAUCGUUUUUUCCAACAUUAAGCUGGUCAUCAGCUUCAUCAAGUACAUUCCUCAGUUGAUGCUGAACUGCCGGCGGAAAUCGACAUAUCCUUUCUAUGUGCGCGCUGAGGUCGCUUAA